ACAAUCCCGAAGCACCGCGAGCGAACAGAACAAAGCUCUGUCUAAAGCAAAUUGGAAGAAAGGGACAAACACAUGUUCCGGGGUAAGCUGACUAAUCCUUCCAUGCGCUAAGGCGACAUCAGCCAAACCUGGCGCUGGGCCUGCCCUCUUUUGGACCCCCAUUGAUCUCCCCUGUCUAUCCACCACCAUCGAACUUCACCACUCUCAUUCACGCAUCCACCCUUCAUCGUCGACACAAGCACCUUCCGUUAACCACUACCACCACCACCCCCUCCAUUACCUUGGCGGAGCACAAGCAAAACCCAAAAUAAGAUAAGAUAAGACAAAAGCGAGAAAAAUACAAAAGCAAUGGCACCAACGCCUGCUGAUCCAACACCUACCCCCUCAGCUACAAACUCCCCAUCCGACGAUUCGGGUGGAAUGUCGGGGGGAGGAGUCGCUGUACUAGUAAUCUUCCUAUUCUUACUCUUCGCCGGUGCCGGCUGGAUAAUCUUCACCCAACUCCGCGCCCGCCGCCUCGGCCUUCCAGCACCAAGCUGGCGCACAUACAUCCCCUUCCUGCCAAACAACUCCCGCACCGCGCCCGCUCCGGCCUCAUAUGAGCCCUCGCGCAGUGGCUUCGUCGGGAAAAUUACCGGUGUCUUUGGCAGCAACAACACUGGUUACUCGGGCUCCAACGUGCGAUCCCAGCGUACCCGCGAGAUGGACGGGGAAUGGGAUGACAGGAUCGAGGAGGAGGACGAGGGCGGGUACGGCGCUGGGUAUGGGAAUCAGAGGGGAAGGGACGUCGGACUUGGGCCGGGAGGAGGCGCAGGGGGGAACGGGUUUGAGGAGAGGGGGAGAAGUAGGAGCCGGGAGCCACCCAGAGAUUUGGGGACUAGGGCUGCCCCGUAUCCGGAGGACUUGAAUCCUUUUGCGGUGGAUGUUAGGCUGCAGGGGGUUAGAGAUCGGGAUGAGGGGUUCGGUGGGGUCGGGGUUAAAGGUGGCCGGGCCAGCGUGGAAUCUGAGAGGAGGAGCGCUUUUAGAGAGAGUAUCAAUUAGGUGGGGGGUUGUUUGGUGGUCUCUUUCUUUCCACUAUUAUUAUUAUUUUUCCUGCUUCCUUCGUUUUGCUGGUCGGCGGGCAAGUGGGGGGAUUCUUUGCAGUGGUAGUGUACAGUAAUUCUCUUCUUCUUUAACCAAAACCUGA